GGACUUCAUUGCCCAUCAGGCCUUGGGGCGGCCGGAAGAACCCGGCACAUCUGAGCGAACUUCCGGCACUUCCUUCUUUCCGAGCCAGGCCCCGCGGAGGACACAAUGGGCCGAGUAAUCAGAGGCCAAAGAAAAGGUGCAGGAUCUGUGUUCAGGGCCCAUGUGAAGCACAGAAAAGGUGCAGCAAAGCUGAGAGCAGUUGACUUUGCUGAAAGACAUGGCUACAUCAAGGGUAUUGUAAAGGAUAUCAUUCAUGAUCCUGGUCGAGGAGCUCCUCUUGCCAAGGUUGUUUUCCGUGAUCCAUACAGAUUUAAGAAACGAACAGAAUUGUUCAUUGCAGCAGAAGGCAUUCAUACUGGGCAAUUUGUUUAUUGUGGCAAGAAAGCUCAACUCAACAUUGGCAAUGUCCUGCCUGUUGGUACUAUGCCCGAAGGCACCAUUGUCUGCUGCCUUGAAGAGAAGCCUGGAGAUCGUGGCAAACUAGCGCGUGCUUCUGGAAACUAUGCCACAGUUAUCUCCCACAAUCCGGAAACCAAAAAAACCAGAGUGAAACUGCCUUCUGGCUCCAAGAAGGUGAUCUCCUCUGCAAACAGAGCAGUUGUUGGUAUUGUUGCUGGUGGUGGCCGUAUUGACAAGCCAAUCUUGAAAGCUGGACGUGCGUACCACAAAUACAAGGCAAAGAGGAACUGCUGGCCACGUGUCCGUGGUGUAGCUAUGAAUCCUGUUGAACAUCCCUUUGGUGGUGGAAACCACCAGCAUAUUGGCAAGCCGUCAACCAUCAGGAGGGAUGCUCCGGCUGGUCGCAAGGUCGGUCUCAUUGCGGCCCGGCGUACUGGCAGACUGCGUGGAACCAAAACUGUCCAGGAGAAGGAGAAUUAAACCUCUAGUUCAAUAUAUUCAUAUUGAAAUAAAUGUCAUCUUUUGUGUAAGACUGAUA